ACUGCUUCUACCUGAGAUCCGGACUUCCCCAGGAAGAUAAUUGGAUAGUGGGGAAAGCCACCUCCAGAUCUCUGAAAACUGGCUCAACAGGUCUCAGGAUUGUUGUAUGAGCCACCUGAACAGAGACCCAGCAGCUGCCUGGCCUCUGUUUUUUUCUGUCUCCUUCCCUUCCAUCUUUCCCAGGCUCCCUCAGCUACCCUAGAGAUUGUCCCACACAUUUCCCUUUCCCUUUCCCUUGAGAGUUGAUUCCAUCAGGACGGAAUCUUCCAUCUCCAUGCCUAUAUAUGCAGGCAGGCUCCUUCCAUUUACUGGGUUCAUUCCUGGUUUCCCUUAGGCCUUUCUGUUUCAGGGGCUAAAGCAACUUUCUUCUGUGGUAAAAUUCAGAAGUACCUCUCCUAUAAUUCUUACCAGGAAACAAGCGCACAGUCAGAAGUUGUGACAGUAACAGUGUUGUAAUGCCAGAAAUCUCAGCUCUCCAACUAGACGUUUCCGUGCCUGGAGCUAUUUUCUUGGGGUCAUGGGAAAGGGGAAUCCCUUCCCCUAGUAGUUCCCAGAGUGGCAGCAGCACCACCUCUCAGCCCCACCUCUUUACCUUCAGGUGGCCUCAAAUCCCCUCUGAAAGGGUGUGCUUCAGGUAUCAGCACUGCAACCUCUAAGACUUGGGAUGGGCUGGAGAGGGUAUGGAAGGCUUAGAUCAAAUGUCCUGAGUGAGGCAGGACCAGACUGCUCCCAACACAAAAUAGCUGGGAAGCAGAUAGCAUAAACUGCCCUACUUUGGAUUAGACCAACCCCAGGUAUGAACUAAGACUAACCAUAGUCCUUAGGUUAGUCGUGGUGUUGAAGUGAAGACAGCCCUGAGCUGUGCCUGGCAGGGAGUCUGGAGUUUCUGGUUUCCAUGCUCAGGAAGGCCAGGGGAGAUGCCUCCAGGCAGGGGGAGGGUGGGCCGGGGAGGGCCCAGGUCAGCUAUGCAAUGCUGCGCAAGUAGGGGCGACACAGAACAGAAAAGGACAUCGCAGUCUCCUGAAACUCAGGGGCGUGGAUUCUCCAGCUUUGACUACCUAAGACACCACUGCUGCUCCAAAGAUUCUAACUCUAUACGUCAGUUCUGAGGCCUCUGCUUAACCUGCAUCCCAGAGAUGGAGCCACUACUAGGAGUAAAAAUCGGCUGCCUGUUUGCCCUGCUGGCUCUCACUUUAGGCUGUGGACUUGUUCCCAUCUGCUUCAAAUGGUUCCAGAAGGGUGUAGCCACAGGUCGUCAUCACUGCGUUCUCAGCUUCCUGGGCUGCACUUCUGCUGGUGUUUUCCUGGGAGCAGGACUCAUGCACAUGACUGCUGAAGUUUUGGAGGAAAUUGAAUCAGAGUUCUUGAAGUUCAUGGUGCAGAACAGGACAAAAAGUGAGGGAAAUUCUUCUGAUGAUGCUGAUUCAGCUCAUAUGGAGUAUCCCUAUGGAGAGCUCAUCAUCUCCCUGGGCUUCUUCUUCGUCUUCUUUUUGGAGUCGCUGGCACUGCAGUGCUGUCCUGGGGCUGCUAGAGGAUCAACAGUGCAGGAGGAGUCAGGUGGGGCUCAUGACUUUGGACUCCACAGCCAUGGACCUCUCCCCUCACCUUCACGGAGUCCCCUCCGAGCAUUCGUGCUCUUGCUGUCACUCUCCUUUUACUCGGUGUUUGAGGGUCUCGCUGUGGGGCUGCAGCCAACAAUAGCAGCCACCGUGCAGCUCUGUCUUGCUGUCCUGGCUCAUAAGGUGCUCAUAGUGUUUGGCGUAGGACUGCGGCUGGUACAGACAGGCACUGGAUCACGAUGGGCCGUGUUUUCCAUACUGUCCUUAGCUCUCAUGUCCCCUGUGGGCCUAGCCUGUGGGCUGGCUGUGGCUAGAGGGGACUCUGAAGCAGGGCAAGGCUUAGUCCAGGCUGCGUUAGAAGGUGUGGCAGCCGGCACCUUCCUGUACGUCACCUUCCUAGAAAUUCUCCCCAGGGAGCUAGCUGGUCCUGAGGCCCCUCUAGCCAAAUGGGGCUGUAUAGCUGCUGGUUUUGCCUUUAUGGCCUUUAUGGCCUUAUGGGCCUGAGAGAUUCCUGGCUUUCCUGAUGGAACUCCCUACCCCCAGGAGACAUCUCCCAAAUGGCUUUGGCCCUCAGACAUUUCUUCACUGACACUAAAGACAUUUACUAGGUACCAUGCCCACCAAACAUCCUUUUCCUACCUGAGAUCCCAUUUCUCACCCAGAACUGAGAAAAGGAUGUUUGGUUAAGUGUCUAUUAAUUGGAGAAUUAGUAUAGAGACCAUUGUAAAACUGACUGUUGUCCUGUUUAUACUGCUAUGUGUAAUAAAAUGUCCAUUCUACCCUU